CCAUACAAUUAUCUCUAAUUUAGAAGAAACAAAUGAAGUCAAAGUAAAACUUGAAACCAAAUUGGAUAAGUAAAACAAGAUGGAGGAAGAAGAUAAACCAGACAUUACAACUCCUACGCCUCCCCAUCAUUUGGGAUUGUUUCCAUGUCCACUCCAACCAUUAAACCUUCAUUUCCACUUUCUCCUUCCUUUAACCAUCCAUCUCGCUCACCCAUUUCAUGGAGCUUUUCCAGACCCAUUUCAGAUUCUUCCCCUUCUUCCCUUAUUUCCACUUCCUCUCGCCAUCGACGACAACUAUCUGCCUCGGUUUCCUUCAAUCCUUCCGGAAACUUUGACCUUUCUUUUCAAGAUGAUGACGAUGAUUCUUCUAAAGUUGCACCUCCAAUGCCACCCACAGAAGGUCGAUUUGACGUGGUUAUAGAUAACGAUGCAAUUCGUUGUCUAGACUUAUCCUCAUUUCAGACAACAACUGGAAUAGUUUCACCUUUAGCUACUGAGCCAAAACAAUUCCUUGAACGUACAAUUGGUUUUACCAUUAACUAUACUCGAGAAGAUCCUUACGAUCGACGUGAAUUAUCCGAAUACCCUGACAUAAGGCUGUGGUUUGUGAGACUUGAUUCAGUCUAUCCGUGGCUACCUGUUCUGCUGGACUGGAGAGCGGGAGAGCUCGCACGGUAUGCAGCAAUGCUCGUUCCUCACCAGAUAAGUAUGAGAAUGGGAAUUGUGUUCAAUCCUGAGGCUUUGGAGCUGUUUGUGAUGAAGAAAGUUUUUAUAGUGUACUCAUGGUUGAAGCAACAUGACAUUCCAAAGCCAAGAUUGAAAGCAGCUAAUAUGGCUAGGAUGCUUGGGUUUGGAAUUGGAGAUGAACUUUUUGACUUGAUAGAUCAACAUCCAGUUGCCCCACCAUGAAACAUGAUCUCGAAGUGCUGGGUGGAUACUAUCCAUUCGAGAACUGGUAUUAUCUUCUAAAAUUGUAAUGAUAGUAAAUCUUUCAAAAUCUUCACAGCUUAUACUGUUGAUGAAUGAGUAAUUUAGUUAUGAAGUCAUAAGAAAAAUGUUUGUUAAAAAGAAAAUAAUUUAUAUGUUCCAUCUCUUUAAAAUUACGUGCAUUUUGGGGUUCUUUUUACCCAUUUGAUCU